AUGCACGCCAGAACACCCGGACUGCAUGAAAAACAUGCCCGCCGUCCCCGGGUCGCAGACCUCUCUGAGUUGUUUCGACACGUCAGUAACGCUGUGUUUCGGUAUAGCUCUCGGCCAACCAAAGUAUCGUCUACCUCUCAAGAACAGAGUGGGCUCCAGGGACCGGUGGGCCAUGCAUCAGAUCUGUUCCGCUGGCCAACCUACCCUGAUAGACGGCAACUACCUACCCGCAAUCUUCCUAGCAGCAGUAGUGGCGGCAGCUCUGCAAACACAUGCCGCAUCUCGUUAUCUCAUGUGAAAAUCACCAGCCGCUUGGCUAGCCAGCUGUCAACCACCGUUGAAACGAACCAUUUCCAAGCAGGUCGACCGGCUGAAGUAGGCCGGGGCCUCAAAGCUGUUCUCUGGCUUUGA